AUGUCGGUGUGGUUGGCUCGGUUGUGUGUCUCUGUGAGGACGGUGUGCGCUCAGCAUGUCGGCUAUGGAGGAGCCGUGCGAGGGAUCCGGCGGGCACAGCAACCAGCUUCAAGUCCAGGAUGGCAUGUGGUUCGUCAUUUCUCUGUUAGUCCUGGUGUGACUAUUAAAUACGAGGAACUGAAGGACCUGCUGAAGAAUGAUGGUGUUGUUCAUAUUGACGUUCGGGAACCCUGGGAAGUUAAAGAAUAUGGCUGUAUUGAGGGAACAAUAAAUAUUCCAUUGGGUGAUCUGCCAGCUGCACUACAACUGACCCCCCAGGAAUUUGAAGCAAAAUAUCAUAAAAAGCUUCCAGAAAAAUCCAACACUCUAGUGUUCUCUUGCCUGGCAGGGAUUCGAAGUGGUAAAGCUUUAGAAGUAGCAACAUCACUGGGAUACAAUCAGAUCCAUCAUUAUUUGGGAGGAUUUAAUGACUGGACUAGGCAUGAAGUGCCAGAAAAAUCACAAUGA